AUGGGUUUAGUGAGCACAGCUUUUAAACCAGAAGACAUGCUGAAGCUGCGCUAUGGUAACUUGGGGAUUGGGCACACACGCUAUUCCACAACAGGAAUUUCUGAGCUACAAAACUGCCAGCCCUUUGUGGUGGAAACUCUGCAUGGCAAGAUUGCAGUGGCACACAAUGGAGAACUUGUCAACGCUGCUGCACUACGCCUUUCCACUAGUUCAGAUAGCGAGCUCAUCAUGCAGCUGCUUUGUCUGACUCCGCCCAUGGAGGAGGUCGACGCUCCUGAUUGGGUAGCACGCAUUAAGAACUUAAUGACAGAGACACCAACAUCAUACUCGCUGCUAAUAAUGCACAAAGACGUAAUCUACGCCGUGCGAGACCCGUACGGCAACAGACCUCUGAGUAUCGGACGACUGGUGCCCAUCUCUAAACUACACAGCUCCGGAGGUGAAGAAACGGACACAGAAGGUUGGGUCGUCUCCUCCGAGUCCUGCAGCUUCCAGUCCAUUGGUGCCAAGUAUUAUCGUGAAGUCCAGCCUGGAGAAAUAGUUCAGAUCUCCAAAAACGGAAUCAAGAGCCUGAACAUAAUCCCCCGUCCCGAGGGAGACCCACCAGCCUUCUGUAUAUUUGAGUACGUCUACUUCGCAAGGCCAGACUCCAUAUUCGAAGGUCAGAUGGUAUAUACUGUCAGGCAGCGCUGUGGACGCCAGCUGGCCAUCGAGGCCCCCACUGAGGCAGAUGUGGUCAGUACAGUGCCUGAAUCUGCUACUCCUGCUGCUUUAGGAUAUGCACAAAUGUCUGGCCUGCCCUACAUAGAAGUCCUGUGCAAAAACCGCUACGUCGGCAGGACCUUUAUUCAACCUAACACUCGCUUGCGUCAGCUCGGGGUGGCUAAGAAAUUUGGGGCGCUGACGGACAACUUCGCUGGCAAACGAGUAGUCCUCAUUGAUGAUUCGAUCGUGAGAGGAAACACCAUCUCGCCCAUCAUUAAACUGCUCAAAGAGGCAGGAGCAACAGAGGUCCACAUUCGUGUGGCAUCUCCUCCAAUUCGGUUCCCCUGCUACAUGGGCAUCAACAUUCCUACCAAAGAAGAGCUUAUUGCUAACAAACCGGAGUUCAAAGACAUUGCUAACUAUAUUGGAGCCACCAGUGUGCGCUAUCUCUCUGUUGAAGGCCUGGUGACUGCAGUGCAGAGUGGGAUUGAGUCAAACGAGAAGGAGCAGAUCAGCUCAGGCAGCAAGGCCAGCACAAAACUGGGUCAUUGUACCGCCUGCCUGACUGGCAAAUACCCUGUCGAGCUGGAGUGGUGA